GAUUUGAUUGUUCAAACACCUCGAACUGCCCAAAGACUCAAAUCCCUAGUCAAUGCUCUGAAUAAUAACAAAUCAUGGUUUUAACAAGGAGAAUGGCAAAAGAGGCUAGCGCAGCUUCUCAACCACCUUCGACUUUUCAUUCCUUUCGCUUUCUUCCAAUCGAAUUGAGGACCACGGUUUGGAACUUUGCUGAGGACUCACGGUCCGGUCGUCUCAUCGAAGUUUACAACAUACCAAACCAUUACACCAUUACUGGUCGCCCCACUUCUUUUGAAUGGCAUGCGGUACCAUGCGGUUGCAAAAAGAGAUGUUUUGAGCCUCCCCUUGCGCGAGUGAAUCACGAAUCCAGAAAUGUUGCCUUGAAAAGGAGAUCAAAAUGUUUCGGACAAUGGGUGGACUGGGACAAGGACAUCAUAUUUAUCGGCAGUAGAGUCGGUCACUUGCACAACACUGGGUUUCUUCACGCAUUGGAAGUGCAGAAUUGUCGCGAGAAGUUGAAAUAUCUUGCAAUUGAUAUCGAAUGCUGGGAAAAAUCUCAACUAUUUCCCUGCAGACGAAGAACGGAAUGUACCCCAGCUGCGAUGAUUUCACGAUUACCGAGACUCCAAAAACUGGUGUUUGCUCACGCUUCGGGUGCUUGGCGAGAUGGUACUGAAUUCGAGGUGCAACAUCCUGGCCAUUUUCACGAUAUGUGGAGAAACUUUGAUAUAGUCGAAGAUGGUAUGAAAGCAAACUUUGAUGAUCUCGUGGAAUCUGAGGAGGAGAAACACGAAGAGUGGAUAUUGGAAAAUUACUACAAAGGAAUUGAUAUCCAAAAAGCUUUGCCCGAGAGCGUUGAUAAGUGGAGAUGUUAUGACGACAGUCAUGUGGAAAUUGGCGAAAGUCCGGGAUCAUACAGACCUGAUCAUUUUGAUCAAUACAAUCACCACCAUGGCGGAAGCUGUGGAACGGCAUUAAUAAAAUUUGAGAAGAUCGAAAAUGCCUACUGGUGGGGCCCUGACGAUUACGAGAACGAUUACUACUUUUUAAAGGAUUGUAUUCAAAACGAAAUGAAUAAAUUGAGGUCCAUUUCCGGCAAGAAAGUUCACGGGGAUCCUGAUUAUAAUACAUGGAAGCAACCUGAAAUCGAUUAUGCAUUGAUACGAAGAACAGCUCCUUCUUGUUUUACUGAAGAUUGGGAAGGUCUUGAGCGAGAGUGGAUGUAUUUUGGAGAGGCACUCUGGGCGGCAGGCCACCCUAAGAGCUACAAAGCUCGAGAUAAAUCCAAAGACUACCCAGCAGGCCAACAUUUGCAAAGUUACAAAAAGCUUUAUCCGGCAAAUCAAAGGUGGCGCUUCAAUGGCUAGGAAUCAUCAGUAGGGAUAUUCAUUUCCAAGCCGUGGUCCCCAAAAGUUCAGAUUGAAAGAUUACACCUCAGGGCUUAAGAUUCAGAAUACAGCACUCACAGGCGAUCAAGAUUAAGUCCCCAGGAUGAUCUGAAGUUUUUCUUUUUCUCGGGAUUGAAAGCUUCUAAUUGCUGAUUUGCAGCCUGAACUAUUGUAACCCCUAUCUUCAACAACAUCUUAGAUAUGGAUGGCGAUGCUAAUAUCUUCAAAGUACCCUCA